AAAGCCUCGCGAAACAGACUUUCUCGGCGCAGAGUCCAGGUAAGUCCUCAGGUGGCGCCGGGGAGCAGACACAUGGUCACGUCGCCUGGUUACAAGAGAAUACAGCGAGCAUGGCGGCCUGUAAUGAGUAUUCGGCACUAGUUGUGGAGGUUUCUUCGAUUUUUGAGUUAAUUGGUUUGUCCCAUCCCAGGAUGAUGUAGCAGUGUUUGAAGCUAUGGGCAAGGCCCCAGCUGGAAAGUAUUCACAUGCUCUCAGGUGGUACAAUCACAUUAGCUCUUUUGGUGCUGAGAAGAGCAAGUUCCCUGGUGUAAAGAAGGCCCUUUCCAACCAGGCCCCAGCUCCUGCUGCUGCCGAUGAUGACGACGAUGAUGAAGUUGAUCUCUUUGGCUCAGAUGAGGAGGAAGAGGAUGAGGAAGCUGCCCGUGUGAGAGAGGAGAGACUAGCUGCCUAUGCUGCCAAGAAGUCUGCUAAACCAGGUCCUAUUGCCAAGUCACAGGUCAUGUUGGACUGCAAACCUUGGGAUGAUGAGACUGACAUGAAGGAGAUGGAGAAUAAAAUUCGUACAAUCGUCAUGGAUGGUCUUGUUUGGGGAGCAAGUAAGCUCAACCCCCUGGCUUUUGGCAUCAUGAAGCUCAGUAUCUUGUGCACGAUAGAAGACGCUAAAGUUUCUGUUGAUGACCUCAUUGAGAAGAUCCAGGAGUUCGAGGAUUUCGUCCAGUCUGUUGAUGUUGCGGCAUUCAACAAGGUCUAAGAUGCAUCGCUACUCUGGUCUUCCGGUUGUUGCAGUCUGACGUUAAUAAAAUCCGAAAAAAAAUAUUUUUAAUAAAGUCAAACGUCC